CCUACCUGCGUUUUCCCUCCCACCCAACCCUUUGCCUGCAUUCCUAGUUUGGUACGGUGCCACAUCAGCAACAGUGCCAUGUCAGCAACUGUGCCAUGGCAGCAGUGCCACGUCAGCAACAGUGCCACGUCAGCAGUACCACGUCAGCAACAGUCCCCGCCACCAUGACGGUCUCAGUUCUGGGCAUGCCAGGCCAACUGGCCAAUGAGUCCAUUGCCGAGUACCGACAGCRGUUCCARGCUCAGCUCGCACUGAUCGAGGCUGAGGAACAACGUCAGGCGGCAGCAGCUGAAAAGCAGCGACUUCAGGCCGAAGCCGACGCAGAUACCCAAGCACACCGCAAGGCGGCCCAGGAUCUGCUACGGCAGCACGAAGCUACCAGCAUCGAAAAGGUCAAGUUCUGGCAUUUUGAACCAUCCAAGCAGCACGAAGACACAACACCGGAAGAGCAGCACAAGGAGUUCCUUGCCAAACUCGUGACCCGGUUGGUUUACACUUGUAACGACCUGCAGUCCGAGCUGGCAAAUCUCCGACGGGCACUUGAUUCCCGUGUACACGACUUGGAGCAAGUUGCACCAAGACCAGAUGCUGGCGAGUCCAGCAGUGCACCCUCUACCCGCCAAUUGGAGGAACGAGUUGACCACGUAGUCGCAAUGCUCGAUGACAUCAGCACCUUCGCUGCACCAGCCACCAUCAGCAAGCAGCUGGACACCUUGAAGACCGAGGUUCAGCAACUGUACCAGCUGCCCAACAAGGAUGGCAAUACCAAUGUGCAUCACUACAAGAUGUCGACAUUCCGCAUCGAAAAGUUCGAUGAUUAUACGCAUCACGACCCGGUCCCCUGGUGGGAGGGCUUUACGACGGAACUUCGGAUUCUUUUUGUCCCCGAGCACUCGCACAUCGGCGCGCUGUUCCGCCACUCAAAGGGCGGAUGCCAGAUCUGGCUCAGCCACCUGGCAACCAUCCUUGACGUCCAAAUCGCCGAUCUACAUGAGAAGAUCUCUUGGGAAGAGUUGACAAGGCUAUGGAAGAAGCGGUUCAUCGUGGACGACGCCCAGGCGCUCGCCAUCAACCGCCUCUUCAGCAUGGCCCAAGGCAACACGUCGACAUGCGACUGGAUCACGGAAUGGCAAAAGAUCGCGGCAACGCCUGAUCUCAAGUUUCCAUUUUCGCAUCUGCGUUGGGAGUUCUACAACCGGUCAUGUGCCGCCUUGAGCCGUGCACUUGGUGAUAGGAAGCAAUACACGACCUUCGCCGAAAUCAUCGACAAGGCAAGGGAGAUCAUCAAGACCAAUAGGGCGGCUGCACACGAGAAGUCAGCGUGGUAGUCAACCUAUGUGGAGAAAGGAAAAUUUGGUCCACGUUCGCAGCAUGUCGAUGCAGUCCAGCCGAACAACAUUGUGGAAGACCCGACAUCCACCCAAGCAUCACAUGA